AUGAAUAAUAAUAAUAAUAUUUGUGAAAUACAUAACAAAAGUGUGGAGUUCAUAUGUUUUGAUUGUAAUGUUUUGAUGUGUUCUGUAUGUUCACCAAAACAUGCACGUCAUUCAUACGAUCAUAUCGAUAAUAUUAAAGCAAAUAUUAAAAAUAAUGAGAAUGAUUCAAUCUCUGCAUAUGACAAUGAAUUAAAUGAUAGUAACAACAAUAAUAAUAAUAGAUUUAAUGAUAUUCAAAGAAGUAUCCAAACAACAUUCGAUUCUUUGAAAAUAAAAGUUGUGGAAUAUGAACAAUUACAACAAACAGAACAUGAAAUCGAAAGUAAAUUCAAAGAGUUGCAUGAAUUCCUUAUUGUUGAAGAGCAUAGAUUAAAGACACCAAUCAUCGAUAAUAAACAACAAUUAGAACAACAAAUCGAUAAACAAAUCAAAAUCAUGAAAUCAUUGAAUACUGUCAAUAAUCAUAUUAAUAUUAAUAAAAAUAAUAAUAAUAAUAAUGAUGAUCAAUCAGAUUCACAAACAUCGUACUCUUCAUUAUCAGCAACAGCAGAUACAACAGAUAACUACCAGAUAACAACAAUAAUUCGAUCGAUUUCACAAUGUUCGGAUCACAAUGAAUUCAUUUCAUCGAACAACAAUACAUUGUUCUAUUUCGAUUAUGAUCAACUUGACAACAAAGUAAACAACAAUGAUCAUGAUCAUUCACUUUUAAAUUUAUUACUUGAACACAAUAAAUCAAUUAAAAUCAAUAAUCAUCAUGACAUUCAACAACCAGCAAUACAACAAUAUCGAUUUAUUGUUCAUAAUGAACAAGUCGAUCAAAUCAAGAAUCAAAUUCGAUCAUCAUUUAAAUUAACAUCGAUUCAAUCACACAAACAAUCAUAUAUAUUCUCAACUGAUAGAAAUAAUAAAAUAUCAAUCAUCAAUAUUACAGAUCGAAACAACAUUCAUUUCGAAGAACAAGAUAUCAUUAUGGCAAUGGAAAUUUCAUACCCCCCUUACAACUCGAUUGUCAAAGUUGGUGAUUUUAUCUAUCUAUUCGGUGGUACACUCAUGAACUGUAAUACAUAUAUCAGGUAUUCAAUCAACACCAAAACAGUAGUUAUCGAAGAAAUGAAAGGUGUUGAUGCAUGCCAAUAUUUAUCAGCUUGCUAUGAUGGUCAAGAUCAUAUCUAUUUAUUUGAUGGAAGUGCUAAACACAAAACCGAUAUUUACAGAUACAACAUCAACAAUUCAACAUUUGAAAGAUACUCAACAAUCGAAAUCGAUACAAAUUACCAUCAUCUCACAUUCCUCUUCAAAGGUUAUAUCUAUUCUAUAAUUCCAAUGAUUCACAAGAUUUUAAAAAAUGAAUUGGUUGUUUCUAUAAUUUUAAUCAAGACUGUUAAGAAGUAUCAGAAUACUGUCUUAUCAAUAAAUCGUAACUAUUCAGUGAUAAAAAGAACAUAUAUGGGUAAUACACCGACAAAACCAUUAUCAACAACAGCAACAACAAUAUCAGCAACAGCAACAGAGGUUGGUAGCGAUGAUAAUGAUGAAGUAGAAACAGGAACAGCCUCUGGAAGUGGUUUGUUUCAUGGAUUAAAAUUGACUGAUAUAAUAGAUAAUCUAAGCAUGGUUUCAGAUGAUUGGGAUACUGAGCUAUUAUUUGCAGGAAGAUUUAUAAAGAAAAGACAUGGUUUACAUUCAUAUACUAUAUUCGUGGGUUUUGAUAUCACAGAGAUAUGCGAUGGUUACUAUUCCAUAUGUAGUAUGGAGUUUCAAUCGAUGAAUCAAACGAGACUGUUCACUUGUGAAACGCCUAGAAAGAUAUCUUUUGGUGUUGACCUCUCCGUUAGAAUGGAUCUUAAGCAGACCAGUCUGAACUUUAUGAAUCCAAGAACUAUGCCAAUGGUUGAAUCACCAGGCACCUACUAUAUCGCAUCGCUCUCACUCAUUAAAUCGAUUGCCGAAGAGGUGUACAAAGAGUUUGGUGACUAUAACAUUGUCGGUAACAACUGUUGGGAUUUCUCCAAGCAUCUUAAUGACCGAUUGUUAAAGUUGCCAUCGGUAACAACCACCGAUGUCAAACUAUUCAAUACGGUCAAUAGUUCGAUUAAAAUUAAUCCACAGUCAUUGAUUGAUACGAAUGAAAAGAUGAUGAUCGCAAAGAUCUACACAUUGGCUCGCAAAAAUAUUCCACUGUUUGGUCAGAUGGUUAUUACGUUCAUGGUGUUUAUCAACUAUGGGCUACUAAAGAGAUUCACUGUAGCCAAAUUUCAUAUGAUGCAAGCGUUUUGGAACUAUCGGCGAGAGGAAAUACCAGCUAGAAUUUCAAUGUUCACCGGAUUAAUUAGGAUGAAGGCACCAGAACUAAUUCCAUUCUUGGAGAAUUUUUCAUUCAAUCUCUCGAUUGCCGAUGAACUUGAUAAUGACUUUUGGAAACAAUUUAAAACAUUUGGAACUAUUCCAUUUAAAGGUAUAAAAGAAACAAAAGUAUUUAUAAGCAAAGAUGGAUCCGAAAAGAAUAUAAGUGAUAUAGAUUUAAUUUAUUAA